GGCUUGGUUGUGGGUUGUUCGACUCGAGCCACCAGUCAGGCCUCGGCCGAGUCUUUGCUAGCAUAAUAUGGCUAGCAUAAUAUGAAUAGCAACAGCAAAAGAGAAAUAAACUGGGGAACAAAGAAACGUUCAUGCCUAGGACGCGUUUGGAAGUCAGGUAAACAGGAAACGGGGAGUGCAAGGAAAAACAGGAGCGGAGCACAAGUACCUGUUUAUAGACGGACCAGACACUGGGAUUAGACAGUUCAGGCUGAGAAACCCGCCUUUUUUUCUCUUUAAAUACGGAUGACAAAAGACACGAUGGCCACAGUGAACCGAACCCUCCUUUAGUUUGUAGUUUGAGAUCGGCGUCUUCAUCACACCGGUCUCCAAACAAACUCCUUGCAGGAAGACAUCAACUGCCCGGCACUGGAGGCUGACUGAGGAGACCCCGCCCCCAGUCACUAUCAGCUUAGAGGUCUGGACUCUGAGCUGCGGUGAAGAAAUGGUUAACCAAAAAUGCAAGAACUGCCGAGUCUGUCUGAGCAUGUGCUGCUGCUGCUGCUGCUGCUGCUGCUGCAGUGAAGUAAAAUGGUCAAUUUCAAUCCGAGGGCAGAGACACCGUGGAGGAGAAGCCGGGGACAACAGACGAGCAGCUGACGGACACCGACACAUCCUGGAUAAUUUGACCCGGUGUUGAGUUUGAUCGGCUGGCUUGUGUGCUGAGAGUGACACCCCAGAGCCCUGUCUGAAGACCUGCAUCCAAUUAGCAUAGACAGAACAUUUGAGUGAAAGAGAGAGGAGGAAAGAUGGUGACCUUGGAAACCCCAGAGGCUCCUGUGCCUCUGACGGCGUUGUCACGCUGGUACCUCUACGCAAUCCAUGGCUACUUCUGUGAGGUCAUGUUCACCGCCGCCUGGGAGUUUGUGGUGAACUGCAACUGGAAAUUCCCAGGCGUGACCAGCGUGUGGGCGCUCUUCAUCUACGGCACCUGCAUCCUCAUUGUGGAGCAGAUGUACCUGAAGCUGCGAGGCUGCUGCCCCGUGCUGCUGCGUUGCAUCAUAUACACUUUAUGGACGUACCUGUGGGAGUUCGGCACGGGGCUACUGCUGCGACAGUUCAACGCCUGCCCCUGGGACUACUCCGAAUUCCGCUACAACUUCAUGGGAUUGAUUACGGCUGAGUACGCUGUGCCCUGGUUCUGCGCCUCCUUCAUCGUAGAGCGCCUGGUCAUCCGCAAAACGCUGCGACUGCGCUUCCAUGAGGGGCCUGAGGAUGGUUGGUCAAAACAUCGGUCGGAUGCUGGGGGCGGAGGAGGGGCAGGAGGAACAUUGGGGGGUGGGAGGAGGAGAGAGAGGAGUAGAGGGAUGGGAAAUGAUUCUAACGGCUAUCUUAAAGGGGAAUGAACCAAGGUAUAAUGAAGGAAGAACACAAUCUGAAACCAGCCCAAUCGCUCUGCUACACCUCUCCUGCCCUCCUCAGCCACUUUCAUAAGCAGUCCUCCCCAUUAACUGUAUGGGAUUAAGUCAACAGACAGCUACGUAGACUGGGUUGGUGUGCAGAGGUGUACAGAGUAUCAGAAAAGCCAGAAAACAAAACCUAACUAGGGCUUAAAACGCCCAUAUCACCCACUGUGUCCUCUACUGUCAACAGAGGCGCAAUAUCUCCAUGCUGCUGUGUUUGCUGCAUCUCAUUACGCACCCUCCCAUUUCCAUGUGGGGUUGACCUUAAGGAGAUCAGGGUCUUAAAUGACCAGGACUACAUCUUCAGGCCCUGCUGUCCCAUUGACUGCAAAGAACUCGGGAUAAAAACAAACAGCUGUUGCAAAGAUUUGUGUUAUCGCUGUGAGGCGGAACAAAAACAACUUAUAUUUGUGUUUCAAGGGCACAUCAGUCUAUCUGAAAGCAUAAUGCUUGCUGCAUAGAACACAUAAUAAAAAAGUAGCUGCAUUUGUAACAUGUCCUUUUUAAAAUGUACAUACUGUCCUUUAGUAUUAUUCAAAGUACUGUAGUAAUGUAGCUACGAAAGGCUCUUUAAGAACAUGUCCACCCUGAAGCAAUGUGUCAGCUUACAUCAUGAUGAAUGUUCUCUGCAGUUAGUGAAUACCCACAAUGCCUGGAAAAAAAUGCAUGAAAAAAAGUUGUCUUCCAAUAUAAUACACGUUUUUUACUGAGCUCAAUCAGCAGUCAUACUGUGCGUCUCUCUUGAAUUAGUCUGCUGCUUGUGUGUGGGGGACGACAGGAGCUCAGGAGGUAGAGCCAGGCGACUUGUUAUCACUGUUGAUUCCCGGUUUUCUCCUGAUAUCGCGUCGAAGUGUCCUUGAGCAAGACGCUGAACCCCAAACUGCUCCUGGUGAGCAGGUCACGGCCGUGCAUGGCAGCUUCUCUGCUAUUGAUGUAUGAAUGGGUGUGUGUAGGUUAAUAUCAGCCACUGUAAGGCACUAAAUAAAUGCAGUCCAUUCAUCAUAAUAGCAGGGUGACUUUCUGUUUUUCAGAAAUCUUUUUCAUAACUCACUGUCCGCGUCCAUUUCAUGUGCUUUAAUGUCGUCUCAGACAUGUAAGCCUCAUUUUUUAAUUCUCAUUCCCUCAAAGUCAAUAGUCAUUCCUGUGAAUUUACACAAAUUAUCUGAGAGAUUUUUUUUUUUUUUUUUCAAUCGUCUGGUAUGAAAGGAAACUCUCACAAUCAAAAAAGUGUUUAUUCAUUGAUAAAAUACCAUUGAAUUUCCUCUUACACUGUAAGUGCGACAGCAAUACUUAAAUGUAACGACUGAAUGACGAGCACCUGAAGUGGUGAACGUGUCCUCGAGAGCGUAUGAUCAACAGAUUUAUUUGGAUUACAGUAUUUGUCGAGUGUGAAACAAACAGCAAGAAAUAUGCAGCAACUUUCAGUGAUUAUUUAAUGAGGAGACCCUCACAUAUCGCCUGAUGUAACAAGUAACAGGAAUUUGCUGCUCAGUUAUUUCCUACAUGCAUGAUUUGUGAAGCAACAGUAGAUUUGGUUGCCUUGGUGAAUAAUGACCUUUGAGGUAUUUUACUUUGACUCAGUGUUUUUCUGAGAAAAAACUGCAGAAGUGAAGUUGCAGCGUAGUCAGAUUUCAGGGUACAUACAGUCCAUAGGAGCAACUGUUUACCAUAAUAUUAACUUAACUUGACAGCACUCAUGUCUUACAUGGUAACACUCAGACAUUCUGUACUUUAAGCAGAUGAAAACACACAGAAUAAAACUUCAGUCUUCUGGUGGUGUUAUUCUCCAUGUGGAUCCCGAGACUCCUCCUACUCUGGAAGUAGAAGGAUCAAGGACUGUACACUCACCUCCAUGCAUAUAGGAGCUGAUAGUAGUUUUUAGCCUCAGUCAGUGAAUCUGGUGCUACUGGUUCAAGUAUAAAACAGGUUGGACGAUUACAGUGAUUCCAAGGUACCAGGGGAGUGGCAGCAUGCAUGAGAUGAAAAUAUGAUAAUUGAAAAAGUAUUCCUCAGGAGGACCAUUUAUGAGAGAUUCAAUCACAACAUUUUGUGCUGACAGCAGAUGAACUCAGCUUUUCACCAUUUUAACUGUUAAUAGGACAAAUGCAAGAAAAAAAAAUAUCAGAUUCAAAUCCAUGUUUCAACAACACUACUUGACUAAGUGGAGGUGUGACCUUCAUCAGUGUGGCUGCAAUGCCAUGCAGUGUUUUCCCUAACUGUCUCCCUGGGAGCUCAGAGGGUGGAUGGCAGGACUUAUUAGCCAUCACAGAUGAAGUGCUGCCACCCAGUGGACAAUUUGUAAACUGAAACUGGAAACCUAUUAUGCAUGGACUUGGUAGAAAUAAGAAGUGUAUACAUACACAUGAAGAUCAAGAAUCCUUAUCAGGAUCAAUAAAAAAAGAAGGUUGUUUUGUGUCUAUCACGUUUUUAUUUGAUUUAAAUGUUUAGUAUGCAUAUUUUUCAUACACAAACAGGCUUAAAAGCAAUAGAGGCUUCUGACCCAACAAUGAUAAUUCAGCUCAAGGCCGUUACCUUUUUCUCUUAAAAAUCUACUAAACUACAUUAUGAGAACUGAUAUGCAGCUAAUAUCUUUAUCCAAUUCUACUGCUUUGAUGAGACAAAUCACAAGAAGAUGCAAAAUGAAGUGUAUUUGUUCUCUGCAAUAUGCGAGUGGAGGAGUAUUAAGUGAGUGUGUUGUACAGAGACACAGUCUCUGUAUUUGUAUGUGCAUGUACAGUAUGCUAAAACUGAACUGAAUCUCUGGUAUUUUUACUUUGAGGCUGCAUGUCCAAAAGUUUUCAAUAUCUCCUCCAAACUCUGACUUUAUCCAAGUAGUAAUUAUCCCCAUGUACUGUAAUGGUUGCUUAUUUUUUAAAUAAAAAUGUACAGGUUUUUAGUGACCUGACUACUGUAUAUCACUCACUUUGAUUAUGUUCAUGUAUGAUUUAUCAAACUUUGGGAUUAAAUGUAUUUAUUUGAUCAUUAAA